CCUGGCAACCGGUCUCCCGGGCGACGCGGGACGCCGUGCCCUGGGCCUGAGCUUGCCGGGCGCGCAGAGAGCCCAGACCCCAUGGCGCAGAAACCCAUCAGCACCGCCGCCGCGGAACGCAUGAACUUGGUGGCCCAGGACCGGAUCUGGAGAUACCGUCUGAAGGCUGAAACCGAAGCACGGCAAAACUGGCCCCAGAACUGGGGAUUUUUAACAACCCCCUUCGAGGAGCUGAUCAAGGGUGAAGAAGAGCCCGAGACCCCAAAGCCCAAAAUCGAACUUCCCGAGCGUUUCCGCAUCCGGCCGGUGACCCCCGUGGAGAAAUACAUCAAGGUCCUCCCCUCCCCGCCGGUCCCGAAGACGUCGCAGGGCUUCAUCGGCUGGAGGUCCGCGGUGCCAGGCCUGAACAAGUGCAUGGAGCACGACAACGAGAUCCGGAGCUGCAAGGGGGCGUACGCCAGGGAGCUGCACUGGCCCAAGCAGGGCGUGCACUGAGUCCAGCCCGCGCCUGCCGGGCACCCGGGCCCAGGCCAGGGCAGGGAAGGACUCGCCCGCGUCCCUGAGGACCUCGUUCCCUGCAAACCUGCUCGUGGGAUGUUGCGAAGAACACAAAGUGUGCCUCAGACGGCCCCAGUUCAGCAGCGCCUCCCUUCCAGAGUGUUCACGUACAUACCCGGUCUCGGCUAAUGUAAUAAGGAAGGCAAAGCAGAGUCCCAGGUUUUUGGGUUUUUUUUUUUUUUUAUACUUUGGGAAUUUCCAGGUAUGGCUUUUAAAAGAUAAACAAUA